GGAAAUUUCUGGUUGGGUUCUAUUUACAACAUGUGGGGGUUUGUUCUCUACAAACUGGACUCUAGUGAAGAAGCCCUUCAGUUCUUCAAAACGGCCACAGAAACCUUGAAGCGGCUGAGGGAGGGAGAUGAGGGUCCCUGGUUGGUGGUGAACUACGGGAAUCUGGCCUGGCUGCACCAUCUUCUUGGAGAAGAGGCAACAAGUCAGGACUACUUGUCAAAGGUUGGAGCUCUCAAAAGUAGAUUCCCAUCUCCAUCCCAGGACGAGCUCCAUCCAGAGAUCUACGCCGAGAAAGCCUGGACUCUGAUGAAGUUAGGUAAAAAGAACACGGAGCUGGCUGCAGAUUACUUUCAGAGAGCCUUAAACAUGCAGCCAGACAUGGUGCAGUGGCAGUCCAGCCGUGUCAUUGCUCUGGCCAGUGCUGCUAAGUACUGGGACACAGACCUGAGUGAUGAACUCUUGCAGGAAAUUAGAACAGCCCGAGAGCAGGAUCCAGAGAAUCUGUACUUGGCUGCUGUGGAGCUUACAGUAAGAAAAAGAAUGGGAGAAUCAGUGGAAGAUGAGGUGAAGGCGCUGGGUCAGCGGAUCCUCCUGCAGCCUGUCAGCAGCUACAGUGGUCUG